AUGGGGCUGCAGGAAGUCUUCACCUCCACCUCACUGAAGCUGCAAGGGAUCCAUGCAGUCCGAUGGCUUUCGCAGGGCGACGCAGUGCUCAGGCUCGUCGCCGUCCUUCCGGCUCUGAUCGUGAUGUUGAAGGAGUGGGACGCGACGCUCUAUGCGCUGGUGACGAGCUACAGGUUUCACUUCCUCCUGUUUUUCAUUUCAGAUGUGCUUGAGCAGCUGAACAUACUCAACAGGGCCUUCCAGCACAAGGAGGAAAACCGGGAGGUGAAGAUCGAAGGGAUUGAUUCGGACGGCCGACCAGCACGCUUCAAAUUCGUGCUGCACGAGGACGAGCUGGAGGAGUUCGACGGGCCCGGCACCCACGAUGGCUGUGUGGAGGUUUGCACGGAGUUCGCCGAGGUGAUCGUGCACCAACUGGAGCACCGGCUUGGCGACCUGAACGGGAUGUCCGGCGCUAGGCUCUUCGCCCCCAACGAGUACCCGCUGGAGCGCGGAGAGAGGAACCGCAGGUGCCUCGAGUGGCUACAGUCGCUAGUCACGCUGUUCAAGGCCGACCUGACGGAUGAGAUCCUGCUAGGUAAGCCAUGGCUGUUAUGGUUUUAA